GCCGCCGCCCUGGAGUGAGGGAAGCCCGGCCGAAGGGGGUCCCCGGAGCCGGCCGCGAUGGACGCCGUCUUGGAACCCUUCCCGGCCGACAGGCUGUUCCCCGGAUCCAGCUUCCUGGACUUGGGGGAUCUGAACGAGUCGGAUUUCCUCAACAAUGCGCCCUUUCCUGAGCACCUGGACCACUUUGCAGAGAACAUGGAGGACUUCUCCAAUGAUCUGUUCAGCAGUUUCUUUGAUGACCCCGUGCUGGAUGAGAAGAGCCCUCUACUGGACAUGGAACUGGACUCCCCCACGCCAGGCAUCCAGGCCGAGCACAGCUACUCCCUGAGCGGAGACUCCGCGCCUCAGAGCCCCCUUGUGCCCAUCAAGAUGGAGGACACCACCCAAGAUGCGGAACAUGGAGCAUGGGCGCUGGGACACAAACUGUGUUCCAUCAUGGUGAAGCAGGAGCAAAGCCCGGAGCUUCCUGUGGACCCUCUGGCUGCCUCGUCAGCCAUGGCCGCCGCUGCUGCCAUGGCCACCACCCCACUGCUGGGCCUCAGCCCCCUGUCCAGGCUGCCCAUCCCCCAUCAGGCCCCAGGAGAGAUGACUCAGCUGCCAGUGAUCAAAGCAGAGCCCCAGGAAGUGAACCAGUUCCUCAAAGUGACACCAGAUGACCUGGUACAGAUGCCUCCAACACCCCCCAGCAGCCACGGCAGUGACAGCGACGGCUCCCAGAGUCCCCGCUCUCUGCCCCCCUCCAGCCCUGUCCGGCCCAUGGCCCGCUCCUCCACAGCCAUCUCCACCUCCCCUCUCCUCACCGCCCCUCACAAAUUACAGGGGACAUCCGGGCCACUGCUCCUGACAGAAGAGGAGAAGCGUACCCUGAUUGCUGAGGGCUACCCCAUCCCCACGAAACUGCCCCUCACCAAAGCCGAGGAGAAGGCCUUGAAGAGGGUCCGAAGAAAAAUCAAGAACAAGAUCUCGGCCCAGGAGAGCCGCCGUAAGAAGAAGGAGUACGUGGAGUGUCUAGAAAAGAAGGUGGAGACAUUCACAUCAGAGAACAACGAACUGUGGAAGAAGGUGGAGACCCUGGAGAAUGCCAACAGGACCCUGCUCCAGCAGCUGCAGAAACUCCAGACUCUGGUCACCAACAAGAUCUCCAGACCUUACAAGAUGGCUGCCACUCAGACUGGGACCUGCCUCAUGGUGGCAGCCUUGUGUUUCGUUCUGGUGCUGGGCUCCCUUGUGCCCUGCCUUCCUGAGUUCUCCUCCGGCUCCCAGACUGUGAAGGAAGACCCCAUUGACGCUGACAGCGUCUACACAGCCAGUCAGAUGCCUUCCCGAAGCCUCCUGUUCUAUGACGAAGGGGCAGGCUCGUGGGACGAUGGCCGCAGCGCCCUGCUACCCAUGGAGCCCCCAGAUGGCUGGGAAAUCAAGCCAGGGGGGCCGGCAGAGCAGCGGCCCCAGGACCACCUGCAGCAUGACCAUCUGGACAGUACCCAUGAGGCCACAAAGUACCUGAGUGAGACCUGGCCAAAGGACGUUGAUGGAAAUGGCACCAGCCCCAACUUCUCCCAUCCCAAGGAGUGGUUCCACGACAGGGAUCUGGGCCCCAACACCACCAUCAAACUCUCCUAGGCUGGACCACGACCCAGGACACAGGAUGCACCCACUGGCACCCAGAAGAGGAGUUGUCUUGCUCACUGACCCAGAUCCGGCUCGUACCCCUGCCCCCUGGGGCUUCCCAUCCCAGGAGAAAGGGUUCCACUUCCCAGUCCUUCUUUGCCCCAUGUCUCGGCUGGGGCCUCUCCUUUUCCCCUGACAUUCAGACUGUUCCCUUGGGCCAACCACUCUGUUCUCACUUCUGUCUCCCACAACCAUCCGUCCUUCGCAGAUAAACCACUCACUGGGCUCCCUUUCCUCCUUUCUCAUAACACCCAACACGACCCCUGCCCCCCUGCCCCCAUACAUACACAGACCGACGCAACAGCAUCCCCCGCCCAGACACCCCUCCCCACCUCCCACUGUACAGAGACCAAGAACAGAAAUUGUUUGUAAAUAAUGAACCUUAUUUUUUAUUAUUGCCAAUCCCCUAAGAUAUUGUAUUUUACAAAUCUCCCUCCUACCUUUGCCCCUCCCUUGUUUUAUAUUUUAUGAAGUUAGUGCGGGCUUCGCUCCUCCCUGGCUCAGGAAAGAGGGACUCCCCCACUCACCUGGCCUCCCCCUGCCGCUGCCCAAGCCGCUGGGCCUUUUUAAUUGCCAGAUUGCUCUCUCCAUC